AUGAAUCCACUGAUUUCUGCCGCUUCCGUUAUUGCUGCUGGAUUGGCUGUAGGGCUUGCUUCUAUUGGACCCGGAGUUGGUCAAGGAACUGCUGCGGGUCAAGCCGUAGAGGGUAUCGCGAGACAGCCCGAGGCAGAGGGAAAAAUACGAGGUACUCUAUUGCUCAGUCUAGCUUUUAUGGAAGCUUUAACAAUUUAUGGACUGGUUGUAGCAUUAGCACUUUUGUUUGCGAAUCCUUUUGUUUAA